AUGGCGGCCCCCAUGGAGCGGCUCGAUCCCGCGCAGACUGCGGGCACGCUGGGCCGUCAGGGCAGCUCGGGGGUGGACGUGGUGCUCCAGUCGCACCCCGCCAACCCCGCCCCGCUGUGUCCUCACGGGCCCACCCUUCUGUUUGUGAAAGUGGUCCAGGGGAAAGAAGCAGCACGGAGGUUUUAUGCCUGUUCAGCUUGUAGAGAUAGAAAAGACUGUAACUUUUUCCAGUGGGAAGAUGAAAAGCUGUCGGAAGCUAGACUUGCAGCGCGGGAAGCUCACAAUCGAAGGUGUCAGCCCCCCAUGUCCAGGACGCAGUGCGUAGAAAGGUACCUGAAGUUUAUCGAGUUGCCCUCAUGCCAGAGAAAGUUUUGCCAGAGCUGCCAACAGCUGCUGCUGCCAGAUGAGUGGGAGAAGCACGGGGAACACGAGGUGGCGGGUGACAUUUCUGACCCCCAGCUGGGAAGACCCAGUCGCCUCCUUUACCCCCUGGAGAACAAGAAGACCAACGCUCAGUACUUGUUUGCUGAUCGGAGCUGUCAGUUCUUGGCCAGACUCCUCUCCGCGCUUGGAUUUAGACGGGUCCUAUGUGUCGGGACACCAAGGUUGCAUGAGCUGAUCAGGCAAAAAGCAUCAGAUGACAUGAAGUCGAGCAUGAAAAGCCUGCUACUGGAUAUUGAUUUUCGAUAUUCACAGUUUUAUCUGGAAGAUAGCUUUUGCCAUUACAACAUGUUUAACCACCACUUCUUUGAUGGAAAGGCUGCCCUGGACAUCUGCAGGACAUUUCUACAGGAAGAUAAUGGUGAAGGCGUCAUCCUGGUGACUGACCCUCCUUUCGGUGGCCUGGUGGAGCCUCUGGCUGCCACAUUUAAGAAGUUCAUUGCUAUGUGGAGAGAAGGUCAAAGCCAAGAAAAUCAUCUCAAAGAACUACCCAUUUUCUGGAUUUUCCCUUAUUUUUUCGAAUCCCGAAUUUGUCAGUUUUUCCCAAGCUUCUGCAUGCUGGAUUACCAGGUGGAUUAUGAUAAUCACGCUCUCUAUAAACAUGGGAAGAGAGGCCGCAAACAGUCCCCCGUGCGGAUCUUCACCAAUGUUCCUGCCAGCAGGAUAACCCUGCCUGAGGAAGAAGGGUACAGAUUUUGCCCUCUAUGCCAACGAUACGUUUCUCUCGAGAAUCAGCACUGCGAGCACUGUGGUUCUUGCACAUCCAAGGAUGGCAGGAAAUGGCGCCAUUGCCUGCUCUGUAGAAAGUGUGUCAAACCUUCCUGGAUACACUGCAGCAUUUGCAACCUCUGUGCUCUUCCAGAACAUUCCUGUGAAGGCCCGAAAGAUGGCUGCUUCAUCUGUGGUGAAUUAGGUCAUAAACGGAGUGCCUGUCCAAAUGUAGGUGGAGCACGGAAGCCUGACAGAGCUGUCAGGAAGCAGAAGCAAAGGAAAAGUAAUAAGAUGAAAAUGGAGACCACUAAAGGACACCCCAUGAAUCAUACAUCCGUUCCCAGGAAAAAGCAAAGGCGAGAAAGAGCCCAUCAAUAGCUCUGCUCUUAAAUGUCCAGUGACUGGAGAAUAAGAAAGAUUUAUAGUCCAACCUUUGAUGCCAUUUUCUGAAAGUGCCACACUGGACUUAAAUUCCGUCGCUUUCAAAGGCAUGCACCUUUCCGGGCUAGAUAAUAGGCAGGUGGUAUUUGCGGGGGUCACGGACCCUCAGCCCCCUCGCUGAGGCCUGGGGCGGUCCUCCGUGCCGAGCUGGCUUUCCGGCUCUCUCUGUGCCUUUUAUCUCGCUCCGAGUCUCCUCCAGCCGCACUCGGAGCCUCUCUGAUCGGAAAACGGGCAUGUGGCAUUCUUUCCCAGCGUCAGAAGCAAAUGAAAGCAAGGACCUGAGGUUCUGUUUACGUUGACCCUAAGACCGUGUUACGUUCAACAGAUGUUUUAGGGUUCAGUGUUAAAAUACUGCCGAUGACUUAACCAUGCCUCCUGGAAGGAGACGUUCAUGGUGAUUAUUUAUAGGCACAGUCUGAAGAUGCUGCAAAGAAUUUUGACCACGGCCAUCAGCGAUCUAAGAUUCUAAUUAUGGUGACAUUAUUAUUAAGUACAUUUGCUUCAGCUAUGCCUUGCAGGUGCCCUUGGAUGCUGUGGCGUCACUUAGGGGUUGUCCAGUGAGUGAUGUCUGCAGAAUUAAGACGUGCUUUGCCAUCUCAGUGUCUGCUCAUCGAGGUGUCCUUUUCUCUCCGGGAACGUGGUGAACGAAGACGCAUCUGUUGAUUGGAGACCCCCCUUCCUUCUCACACUCAGACUUCCUGCCAUGUGUCCCAGGCCACAUUCUCUAAGAGCUUCUGCUGCUUCGUGGUGGUGAUGGGAAUAAUAAUAGCUGCUUCUCCGAUAUGUUUCUGUGACUUGCGUUAUAGUGGGGCACAUGUACCCGGACCUCCUUUCUCCUGUCACUGGUGACUCGUGUUGACAGAAAUGCUGACAGAGAAUGCAGAUGGCCAGAGCUCAGGGUCCUCAUCUCAUGGUCCACACAGCACUAACAGGAGAGCUUGGAUGGGAACAGACGACAUCUUCCUGCUUCU